AUGCCUAAAUUUGAAGACAAAAAAGACGACAUAGAUGCUUUUAUUCGACGGUUCGAAACGAUCGCCAAGUCAGAAAACAUAGCCGACAAUAUGAUGAGCCAACACCUGCUCACUCUGGUUGGUGGAAGAGGACUCGACGCCUGCCACACCCUGACUGACGAGGAAAUAAAAGACUACAAGACAUUAAAAAAGACCCUACUAGAAUUCUACCACCUGACAGAAGAAACUUACCGACAAAAAUUCCACCAACUUCAACCUAACAAAAAUGAAGAUUUCAAAGUGUUUACUAAUGACUUAAAACUUACACUGGAAAAAUGGAUUGAGGCAGCAUCUAUUAACAAAACUUAUGAAGAUCUAUUCCAAUUCGUCCUGGUCGACAAAAUAUUAAAUUCAGUCCACAGUGACUUAUAUUCCUUUUUACAAGAAAGAAAACCUAGAGAUAUAAAGACUGUCACAGAAAUGACGCAGAAAUUCAUAGCGGCCCACCCGACAAAUCCAGUAUGUAAAAAGUACGACGAGACAGAAUUAACUUCAGUAUUCAUGACCCAUGUUGCCGACAGAAGUAAAUACCAUAUGCAGUUCAAACCCGACAGACAACAACAGAUGCAUCAGUCGGACAAACGAUGUUUUUAUUGCAACGGCCUUGGUCAUUAUAAAAAAGACUGCAGGAAGGCCAGAAGACCAAACUCGUUUCAACAUAACAAUCAGUUCCGUGCACACAGUGCGAACGGUCGCUACUACAACAUUAACAGCAACAGAAUAGAGCAUGUUCAUUUUAUGAGAACAAUUGGACACCAUAAACUGCCGAGCUUCCAAUGUAGGGUUAAUGGACAGGUGGUGAACGCGAUCAGGGACACAGGCUGCAGCACACUGGCCGUCAAAAGCAGUGUGGUACAUCCCAACCAGUAUACGGGUAAACAUAUACCUGUCCAGGGAUUUGAUGGUAAAAUUUCCCUUCACCCUACUGUACGGAUAGACGUUCACACACCAUAUAUAUCAGGUAGAUAUGCCGCUGUUGUUUUUAAUAAAGGACCAUACGACCUGAUCAUCGGCAAUGUGAUUGACAAUCAGACGCUACCUCAAGGUGACAUAGAUAAGUGGCUGCAAACUGAAAUAGUUCAAUUGGUAGAAACGAGGGCCCAAACUGCUGCUAAAGUUAUAGAAGAAAGUAAAGCAUCAGAACAGGCCGUGAACAACGAGACUAAACAGUCGGUGGUGACAGAGACGACCUGGUCCCCUGAAUCAUUCCAACAAGAACAGCACAACGAUAAAUCGCUGAGCAAAAUAUUUAAACUUGCUCAGAAGAAAUCGGUAACCGUGUCAAAAAAUAAAAAGGAACACUCCUUCUUUGUAAGAGACAACACAUUGUUUAGAAAAUUCACAGAUAAUGAUAAAACAGUCAAUCAGCUGGUUGCUCCACAGAAAUACCGCCAGGCGAUAUUACAUCACGCUCAUGAUCUACCACUGACAGCACACAUGGGCAGAACAAAGACCAAGCAACGAAUAGAAUCUGCUUUCUACUGGCCUGGCAUGGACAAAGACAUAUCUGCAUAUGUUAAAUCAUGUCACAUAUGCAGAACACAAGAUACAUCUAAGCCACCUGCGGCCCCGCUCCUUAGGCAUAUCGCUACCGCCCCACCAAUCUGUACAAUGGAAUCAGUGGAUCUAUCAUCGGAAAAUGUUACAACUGAUGAGCUUGCAUGUAAAAAAAUAAAGCUAGAUGCUUCUGGAGAAAGUAACAACAUACAAAAACCCUGCAAAGAAGAAGAUGCUGAAAUACCUGCAACAGUUGUAGACAAUGAAAAAUGUAUUGAAAAUAAAAAUGGUAUCCACUUAGAGAGCGAAAUACAUGAAAAAGAGGUGCCUAUUAAUGAAAUACAAGCAGGAAUUACUGAAUAUCUUGGGGAACAUGAAGGUUUUAGUGCUGUUAUAAAACAAAGGUACUCUGAUUUCAUUGUAAAUGAAGUUGAUUUAGAUGGAAAUGAGGUGCAUUUAACACAAAUGACAUGCCCUGUUGAGGAGACAGAUGAAGAUAAAAAAGCUGAAGAUAAUAAUGACAAGAUUGUGUUGGAGAAACCAGAUGUGAUUAGUGAUGAAGAUCUCUCCAAGAUUGAUAACCUUGUUAAAACAGGACUAUCAUUUCACAGUUGUUCCCAUCCCGGGAAAACAGAACCGACUGGCUGA